AUGACUUCUAUUGCAACGAAAUGGGCACCAAAAAAACGUGAUUAUGUAUCUGAACAUAAGCUAAUAAACAAAACCACAAAUGUAACAACAACUCAUCCUCUUGGUGUUGCUUUAAUUGCAAACAAACCGCAAACAGGAACACCAACGUUAUCAUCAUCUCCGAUAAUUGAUCCUCUAUCGAAGAUUACAACACAAAUUGAUAUUGAUCCAUUAUCACGUGCAUUAGCAGCUGCAAUAACAUCAACUAAAAUUGAUUCAACAAAAGAACAUUCAUCAACAGUACUAGAUACAUUUGAACCAUGGUCAAGUAAAAAAAGUCUUAUAUUAAAUCAAUAUAAUACAACAAAAAAGAUUAGUAUGACAACAGCUAUGAAUAAUAGUAAUGAUGAAUCGAUUAUUGAUACAAAAGUGUCAGAUAUGACAACAACAUCUGAAAGAAUUAAAAAUCGUCUUGAACAAUUAGAUGCAUUUGAAGGUGGACAACAAACACAAAGUUUAACUCAACAAGAAUAUAUAAAUCGUAUCAAUGAUAUGAGUCGAGAGAUGAGUCAAGCAUGGAAAAGCGAUCAACGUGUAAAAACAUUAAAAAUUGUUAUACAAUGUUGUAAAUUAUUAGCUGAUAUGAAUGUUAUGGAAUUUUAUCCAAGUAAAUUUUGUUUAAUAACAGAUGUCAUAGAUACUUUUGGAAAAUUGGUUUAUACACGUUUAUUAGAAAAAAGUGCAUCGUCAAAUGGAAAAAUUCCUGAUCGUAUUAUACCUGAUCUUGUUCCAGAAGCAACACGUGAAACUGCUCGUAAUUGGUUUUAUAAAAUAGCUAUUAUUCGUGAAUUAUUACCACGUAUUCUUGUUGAAACAGCUAUUCUUAAAUGUUAUAGUUUUUUAUCUUCAACUCAUUAUCAAGCUACACUUGUACAAUUAAUGAAGAUGUGUCGUGGUAUUGGUGAUCCACUAGUAGCUGCAUAUACUCGUUGUUAUAUUUGUCGAGUUACUAUUGAUAUUGAUUUUAAACAUCGUGAACCUAUUGAUAUAGCUUUUACGGAUUUAUGUCAAUCACUUCAUCAAAUAAAUUCACCAAUUGUUAAAAAUUUGUAUUCAUCACAAAAAUUAACAACUAGCAUUUAUUUAUCAUUAUAUUCACCUGCAUUGGAUUGGAUUGUUCAAUGUUUAUUACAUAAAUUAGAUGAUACAAAAACAGAACAAAUUAUUAAUAAAACACGAUCAACACUUAAUACAUCUAGUGGUGGUGUUGUACUCAAUGCACUUUUAAAUACACUUCCACCAAGUCAUGUUCGUUCAAAAGUUCAAGAAUACAUUACAAUGAUUAAUGAAUGUGAUGCAGAAUUAUUUCCAAAAAGUAUACUUUAUCGUUCUCUUGGUCUUUCUCUGCUGUUAUCAACACCAGCAUCAACACCAUCUGAUAUUCAAAUAUUAAAUAGUGUUUGGAAAGUAGUUACAAAGUUUAAAGAACCAGCGCCAUAUAUGGCAUGUGCUGAGGUUUGGAUUGAAUUAACAUCCAAAGAAUAUACGACACGAGAAUUGAACACUAUGUUGGGUGAUGUUGUUAAACAUUUGACACCUGAUCGUGCUUUUGAAGAAUAUUAUGGAAAGUUACAUGGAAUUAUGGUUAAAUUAUUAAAUAAUAUUGAAGAUUUUGCAUCAUUAUUUGCUAUGGAUAAAAUCUUACCAUUUCUUGAUUUAUUUCAACGAGAAAAUGUUCGAGUAGAUUUAUUUAAAUCGAUUUUACAAGCAUUUGUUAAUAGAAGUUCACAAGAAAAAACGAAUGAUCCAGUAUUAAUAGCAGCAAUGACGCAUUGUGCUAAAAGUGUUCACGAUACACUUGGAGCUUUGACAAAUGAUGAUGAAUUACGUGAAGUUAGUGGACUUUUAUCUGCAGUCAUACGUAAAGUUGAUUAUGAAAAAGAUGUUGAACAAGAACUUAAAUUUUGUGUUGAAGCUCGUGGUUUAUUUGGUUAUAUAGAUUCAGUUACUAUUACACUUAUACAGAAAGUAAAUACAUUAGCCGUAUCAACACAUCGUAUUGUAAAUGGUACACAUUCAACAGCAACAUCAUCAUUCAUACGUGCUUGUAUGGCUUUUUGUUAUAUAUCAAUUCCAUCAUUAGAACAUCCUUUACAUAAACUUAAUUUAUAUACAUUAUGUGCACAAACUGCAUAUUUAAAUCAAAGUCUUUCACAAGGUGAUGGUUUUCUUAAAACAGCUAUAACGCUUCUUUCUGAUUUUCCUAAACAAAUUGAAAUCGAAGGGAAAGUAGUAUCAAGUGAUAGAUAUUUAUAUGAAUCAAUUACAAAUAUAAUGUCAACACUUGUUAUCGUACCUGAUAAUCCUGAUGCAGGUGUUUUAUAUUUAGCGCAUGGUUUAAGUAAUGUUAUUAAUCAAAUGAAAUGUUUUGAUGAGGCAAGUGAAACACGUAUAACACUUCUUAUGAAUAUGUUAUGUCUUCUUUCAACACAAAUUCAAACAUUAUUACCAUAUCAUAUUUCAAAAGUCGAAUCAAAUGAUACUUUAUAUGGUAAUGAUGAAAAAUUCCUUAAUGAAAUAUAUCAAAGAUUAAAUAAACUCUGUGAACAAAUAAUACAGACACUUAAAGAUUUAGCAAAUACAAAUCCAAAACGACAAUCAUCACUUGCAAUUGAAUUCUUCAAUCGUUUCAUAGCACAUACAGAUUUAAAUCAACAAAAAUGUAUUAAAUUUGCAGCUAAUCUUUGGAAUUUAUCACAAAGAAAUUCUAAUCCUGAUACACAAAAAUUCGCGAAACGUAUAUUAACCUAUAUUGAAAUUCGUUCUAAUAGUGAUCAAUCUUUUAAACGUUUAUAUGAACUUAUAUCUGGUAGUACAAAUGAUACAAAUCACGUAUCAUCUCGUUCAUCAUCCACAUCAAAUUCCGUACAUUCAUUUAACACUGGUGAUUGA